CAGAAAAACAAAAAGGUUAGAUAAGGCGCAGGAACAAGGAAUGGUCGUGGCUUCCAAGUCGCAACCAUAGCCAUGGCUACAUCAUCGACCACAUUGCUAUCAUCACUCAUACCUCGAACUACCCCAUCACUUAACUCUCCAAACCAUCCACAAUUUUUGCUUCAAAAUCGUUCUUUGAAUCGACCCAAUAAGAGAGUUUCAUUUGUUGUCCAAGCAGCAAAGCUCCCUGCUGGUGUGGAAAUUCCAAAAGUGGAGCCUCAAUUUAAGCCUCCAUUUCUUGGAUUCACUAAGACGGCUGAAGUAUGGAACUCUAGAGCUUGCAUGAUUGGGAUCAUUGGAGUUUUCAUUGUAGAGUUUAUAAUAAACAAGGGAAUACUUCAGGUGAUUGGGGUUGAUGUUGGCAAAGGCCUCAAUCUUCCUCUCUGAACAUUCUUUUUGGCUGUGCCCGUAAAGUGUUAUAUAAAGUCAUUUUUAACUUUUUUAUUUAAUGGUUUCAAGAACAAAUUUUCAUAGUGCCGUGUCAUAUGGCAAUCUUUUGUAAUCUAAAAUCGGUCUUGAGGUAAAUUUCUGACAUUCUUGGGUUGGCUCAAGUAAUGGCUAUGAUAUUGUGAAUGCUGUGGUUGAUUGUUUGGUAUAUGGAACUCGAAACUGCUUCUCAAGCUA